UUUCAAGUUCUGCAUUUACCUAAUUCAACCUGGCAUUGCGGCGAGAAGCGCCUGAUGUCAACCUCAUUCAAGUUUUUCCGAUCAGCCGAUUACGUCAAUUUAUAAUUCCACCUCAUAAUGGUUCGCGGAUCUAGUUGUCAGUAUUGUUUUUUUUUUCCGACAAUCAUCUGAAUCCAAAUGGUAAUAGCCGUUAAUUCUCUUCUUAUUACGAGAGCUUUCUACACGUCGUGUUGUGUUUCGUGACGCACGGAAGUUUUCGCUUUUACCCCAAAUGUCCCAGAAAACCGGUUCCGAAAGUGACAUUUGGGAGUAUAAACCCCUCGCGAAGAAAAGGAAGAGACACGAAUCGUCGUCCACUCGUCGAAAUGCGGCCAGGAGAAGAUGCACCACGGAGAUAAAGUCAUGUAACACCCGAGAUAGUCCAACCACCCCGAGGGACGUCGCUGUCAAUGUGAACAAUGGACAAUGUGAUGCCAGCUCGUCGUCACUUGCAAAUGAGGCACGAAAUGUUGACAGUGAAGCCAAGGAAGCCUAUUGUCCCAUUUGCCAGAUGCCAUUCUGUAUUUUAUUGGUGCAGUCGCAAAGAUGGCAUGUUGCUGAAUGUCUGGACGAGGCAAGGGACACAUGCAAAGAAUGUCCUGAUGGUCUCCUGUGCUCCUCCGCCAUUCCAAACCACUACAAGAAGUUCAACCACAUGCAGUUGGCCUACGCUCGAGCCAACGGCCACGCUUUGCCGAACCACUCACAGGACCUCGAGUGCUGUAGUCCGAACCGUUAUGCCUCCGGAGACCACAUGGAGGCGCCACCCUCGCCGCCGCCAUCCCAAGCCACGAACGGCCCCCUGUUGCUGAUGCUGCGCUCGCCCGGGCCAGACGACAUGAAGAAGAAGAAAGGCUGGUCUUCCAGUGGCCGUUCUUCUGUUACCUCCUCGCAAGAAAAUAGGACGGAGACGCCGGCGGAAAAGCAAGCGUCUCAGGACAGGGAGGAUCGAAUAUCUUACUCUCCUCUUUCCGAGCUCCCCGCUGACAAAGACGCAGUUCAUGAAGACGCAUCUGAAGAUGAAGACUCCAUGGUUCUCUUCAGCGAAGACGAGCCGCUUCCGGAUGGAACGGAUCGUCCCGAAGACACCGGUGGAGUCUCGCCGAUUGCUGGCGAAAGUCUUGGAUCCCCCCAGAGAAUGGUUUUAGAGCAAUUGAGGCAAAGUCUUCGAGGCUUACCUUUUGGACCCUCCCAGUCCAGCACAGUGCCUCAUCGUAAGGGUCCGAGCGGGGCGGGUCGGGAUUCCGGACUCAAGCAAACGGACAUUGGGGUGUUUUUCGGCCUCAAAGCAUUGAAGGCGGAGGAGCAAGCGGAGACUUCCGGGAGUGCGGCCAGCGGGGCUUCCUCCAGGAGGAACGGGAUGAGGAACGCGGCCGCUGAUGCAGACCGAGGCGGGGACGAUGGCGGUCACGGUGGCAAUGCGGUGGAGGCGGGAAGGAGGCGGACCAAAGAGUGGGGAAACAAAUGGCGGAGCAAAGAUCAGCAUGCGGAUGCACAACCACGGCGGUGUCCGUUUUAUAAAAAGAUUCCAGGCACAACGUUUGCCAUCGACGCCUUCCGGUAUGGCGCCAUUGAAGGCAUCACCGCCUACUUCCUGACCCAUUUCCACUCGGACCACUACGGAGGGCUCACCAGGAAGUCCACAUUUCCCAUCUAUUGUAACAAAAUCACAGGUAACCUGGUGAAGAGUAAGUUGAAGGUGGCGGAGCAGCACGUGCACAUCCUCCCCAUGAACACCAGGGUGAGCGUGGAGGGGGCGCAGGUCACCCUACUCGACGCCAACCAUUGUCCGGGUGCGGCCAUGUUGCUGUUCUUCCUGCCCAACGGACAGACCGUCCUCCACACGGGCGACUUCCGAGCCGAUCCCUCCAUGGAGGCGUACCCGGAGCUGCUGGCUUGCAGGGUGCACACGCUCUACCUGGACACCACUUAUUGCGGCCCGGCGUACACGUUCCCCCGGCAGCAGGAAGUCAUCAACUUCGCCGCCAGCACCAGCUUUGAGUCGGUGACGCUGCACCCCCGCACCCUCGUGGUGUGCGGAUCCUACUCUGUGGGGAAGGAGAAGGUCUUCUUGGCCGUGGCGGAGGUUUUGGGCUCCAAAGUGUGCCUCUCCCGGGACAAGUACAACACCAUGUGCUGUCUGGAGUCGGAGCAGAUCAAGCGACGCUUGACCACCGACUGGACAGCGGCGCGGGUCCACGUGCUUCCCAUGAUGCAACUCAACGUCAGAAAGCUGCAGGAGCACCUGGGGAGGUUCUCCGGCCAGUACGAUCGUCUGGUGGCCUUCAAGCCCACCGGCUGGACCUUCAGCCAGCAGAUGGCGUCGGUGGAAGACAUUCAACCCGUCGUCAGUGGCAACGUCUCAAUCUAUGGGAUUCCGUACAGCGAGCACAGCAGCUUUGCGGAGCUGGAGCGUUUUGUCCAAUGGCUGCGCCCGCACCGGAUCGUCCCCACGGUGAACAACGGCAGCUGGGCCGCCCGAAAGGCAAUGGAGAAGCACUUUAGCGAAUGGCUCGGCGGAAACUCAAGCACGUAAAUUAAUCGGGUCAAGAAUAAACCGGAGCCGUGUUACGAUACGAUGCAAAUGUAUGAUGUUGCUGCAGUGUUUAUGAUGUACUUUUUUUGUUUUUCCAAUAAAGUUCUCCAACAAUAAAUGUUUGAAAUUU